GCCCCCAUAGAAGGCCUGGUGGAGGCUAUGCGAAUGGCGGCAAAGGGGAUCGCUGCGAACAUAAGGACAGGACCAACGUUAACUGCAAAACCGGACCCUAAUCCCCUGAGGUGAAGAUAGGCGUGCCCCAAAACUGGUCAGACUGCUCCCAACUCACCGCUGCCGCUGGCGACAACCUUGUCCUGAAUUUGUGUCAGAGUCAAAUGUUAUACACAGUCUCGAGUAGGGGUAGCCAAAUUACAAGGCAGUUUACGGGAGUUCCGCUUUACAUGCUUCUCUCUCACUUGUGUCUCAUCCGCGUUGGUAUGGAGGUGGUGCUAUCAGUGCUGACGGUGAGAUAGAGGCGGGGGUAGACGGGCUAAGAACAUCGGUAAACAUGAUAGGAUGAUACCCAGGAUAUUAUGGGUUUGCACUGGAAGCGGAGAGCGGGACACCUGGCCUGAUCGGGAGUAGCAGAUACGUCCGCUGUCUGGUGCUAAAUAGUUUCUUGCCUCGUCCCUGGUACAUACACAAUGGCAAAUUUUCCGGAAGUCAUUUCCUUGAACGUCGGAGGCCGCCAUUUUGACACAACCCUGUCGACCUUGCUGAAGUACGAGGACUCCAUGUUGGCGGCCAUGUUUAGUGGACGUCAUCGUGUCGUCACGGACAAGGACGGCCGCUACUUCAUAGACCGGGACGGCAGUCACUUCGGCCACAUCCUGGAGUUCCUCCGCCAGGACAAGCUGCCUCCUCCUGAUGUGGCCAAGAACGUCCAUGAAGACGCGGAGUUCUACGGUCUACAUCUCCUGUGUGAGACGCUGAAGAAAUCAUCUGCUACUCUCUUCCUCGAAUCAGUUCUUAUGAAACGAAGGACUGAUUUUCGGGAAGCCUAUCCAAACUUAACUUCGCUCACUCUUGAAGUUCUCGAUGAGGCGCAUAGAAAAUUUCAGGGAAAUCCGACUCCAACGUCCUCCGUUGCAGUCUGGAUCCCCGACCAAAGGUUCCCCAUAGAAGUUGUGGUCUAA